UAAUGGGCUAGGCUUAAGUUCGUAAUCGAGAGGACUUCAGAGUUCAAAUUUUAAUGGUCCAGUCAAUUUUCAGCAGUUUUUCUUACCAAGAGCUCAUUGGUGAACAGUGUAGCCGUUGACUACCAGAGGCCCUCAUUCUCAAUGUCCACUUUUGACUGACAUUUUUAAUAGUGCUGUAGACUUCGUACCAUGAAAAUUUCCCCAUUCGUUUCCGAGUAUAAUCAUUAACAUCAAAGAAACGUAAUUAUAUUUAUAUUUAAAAUCUUUUUCUGAUUUAGUUUGAUGUGAUAUAUUUACAUAAUUUUAAACGCAACUUUACACAAUAUCAAACUUAAAAGAUUUAAAAAAUGACAAAACGAAAACUAAAAUCUGAUAAUGAAUCAAGACCAAAGAAAAAUAAAACAGAAAAUAACAAUCAUGUAUAUAACAAUAUAAAAAAUAAUAAAGAUAAUAAACUUAAAAUUAAAAAGACUGCAAAGGAAAACGAUGAAGAAGUUGUAACAAAAGAUGGCAAAGAGAAUCAUAAUAUCAACAAUAUAAAUGGAAAAUCCAAGAUGGUAAAUAGCAACUCUAUGGAAAAGCCAAAUUGGCAAGAAUUUAAAAAGAAAAAGAAAGAAAUUAGAGAAAAAUAUAAAGCAAAACGUUUCAGUAAUAUUUAUGAUAUCUCGAUUGUAACAAAGCAGCUUGGUGAGAAAUUACGUAGGGUUGACUGUUCAAAAGUGGAACGUAAAAAAUUAAUUUUAAAGGCACAUGAUUUACUAAAAACUAAUUACAAUAAAAUAAUAUUUACACAUGAUAUGUCUCGUAUCAUUCAGUGGAUCUUCAAGUAUAGUGACGCAGAAAUUCGACAGGCUAUUUCUAAAGAAUUAAAACCUUCAUUUUUGUCUAUGAUUGAAUCAAAAUAUGCAAGGAAUUGUAUAAAAACAAUGCUAAAGUAUGGAUCUCAAGAGACUAGGCAUGAAAUUAUUUCUACUUGUUAUGGUAAUAUAGUAAGAUUCAUGAGCCAUUCUGUAUCUGCUCCAUUAUUGGAACUUAUGUAUUCAACAUGGGCUACAGAAAUAGAGAAAAGAUACUUUAAACAAGAAUUUUAUGGUGACAUGUAUAAACAGGCUAAGGAUAAAAAAAUUAAGACUUUGUCUGAUACUUAUGUAAUUGCAGAAGAUAUGAAAACAGCAACAUUGUCUGCAGUAAAAGGAAAUUUAAUGAGAAUAUUAAAUAAAAAAUUUUUAAAUUCCACUCUUUUGCACUGUGUCCUUUUAGAAUUCUUAAAUAAUUGUUCUCUUGAAGAUAAAAAGGAAGUAAUAGCUAUGUUAAAAAGUUCGAUGGUAGAAUUGUCUCAAACAAAAUUUGGUUCACAAAUUGCUGUAAUAUGUAUAUGGCAUGGCUCAAACAAGGACAGAAAAGUCAUUAUGAAAUCUAUUAAAGGUAAUAUAAAAAAUAUUUCAAUGUCUGAGUAUGGAUAUUUGAUACUAUUAGCAUUAUUUGAUUCAGUAGAUGAUACUGUUUUAAUAAAAAAAAUUAUAUUCUCGGAAAUACAAAAUGAUCUGACAGAUAUAGCAUUAAGUGAUCAUGGAAAGCAUGUAAUAUUGUAUUUAGUAGCUAGAAGAAAUUCCCAUUAUUUUGCUCCCAGUAUAGUGAAAUACUUAGAGCAAGGAGACAACAAUGCAACAAGCAAAAAACCAGCUCAUAUAAGAGAGAAAGAACUUUUAGAUUUAAUUUCUGAUUCACUUCUUGAAUCUGUAAUUAUAAACACGCCGACUUGGAUGUCCAACAGUUCUAUUGCAAUGAUAACAUUAGCGAUACUGAAAGUAGGUACUAAAGAAAAAUUAGAAAAAGCCUUCGAAGCUGUUACUAUAUUUAUCACAGACUUAAAAUCAAAGAUUAAAGAAGGAGAUGAAGAAUAUAAACCUGUUGAACAUGCCGGUUUACAUAUGAUGUUAAAAAAGCUAAUACAGAAUGACAAAGAGUUGCAAGAGAAAGGUGAAAGCACAUUUGGAAAAAUAUUAGUUGAUCAUUUAGAAACAAAUAUUAUAGAGGAAUGGAUAGAAUGCAAUAGAGGAUGCUUUUUGUUAGUAUUAUUACUAGAAAAUGGAACAGUGUCCACUGUGAAUACUAUACUUUCUAAGUUAAAACCAGUGAUGAAUAUUUUGAAGUCAAAAUCAAAUCCAGGUGCAAAAAUCUUGUUAAAGAAGUUAAAAUAAAUUAUUUAUGUAGAUAAAUAAUGAGCAACAAAGAUUGUACUAAGUUGCAAAAAUAAAAAUUAUAAAUACUAAA